AUGACAGCAAAACGUGGCAGACAUUUAAUUCGCGCAAUUUUAUUUAUUGUCCGAUUAAGAAGGGAUGUACAAAGCGCUCACAGGCGUAGAACUACUAGAAGAAGAAUGGGAGCAUUAGCAAAAACGGCUGCAAUGUUGAGGCAAAAUAGUGGCGGUGGGGGUUGUUCUCCUAAUAAAAUGAAAGAUCGUCCUCCUUUAACUAGAUGCGAAUCUAGUCGGCGCCCUCGCCACGAACUCUUACGACAAUCACAACAUCGAAACAGUGCUCCUUCUACAAUAUAUCCAGCACCGAUUUCACCUUCUCCUCAGCCUUUAAAUAAUUUUGAGGAGGGUGAAGUGGAAGAGUCAAAUAGUGAAUUUGAAUCAUUUCUUCAAAUGCCUUCCCCUUACCAACAAUUACAAAAAGAAAUUUAUUCUUCCAAAGCGCAUAAAUUUGCCGUUAACUCAAUAAAAGAAGAAAAAACAAAUAAUUUUAGUGAAGAAAAUUCUGAAAAAUUAUUAGAAGAGAAAAGGGAGAGAAAUGAUGAAAAUGAAUCUAAAAUUACGGGAUGGCUAGAUCCUAAAGAAUUAACUGAUUUAUUAGAAAAAGUUGAAGUUCACAAACUUGGAAGUGACUGGCAGAAUUUGAUUCCAACAACCUCAAAUGCUUGCAAUAAACGAAGCAAAAAUGGAAAUAUUAAUGGGAAUAAUACAACUGCUGGUUUAAGACAAUUAUUCUCUGCUGGAGCUAAAUUAGUUAAAAAUGUACAGAGAGGCCUUUAUUUAGCAACCGUAUUUUACACUGAAAAUGGAAGAAUUCUUUGUACGGUAGAUGAUUGUCUUCCAGUAAUUUGUGUGGAUGAAAAUUUUACUGGAAAUGGGCUUAAUCCAGAUGAAUUUCAUUGGUUAUUGAAGUUGUCUCUUUGUUGGAAUCAACUAAAACAAUUACAAAAUGCUUUGUUAAAUUGUAAUACAGCUUCAGCAAAUUGCAGCAUUAGAAUAAGGCUGUUAGAAGCAGCAUCAGCGAUGCACAAUGCUUUGGGGGUUAAAGAUAUAGGCAGACUUCAUUACGCCCCUUUACAACCCCGUCCUGGUACUCAUAUUUUAGUUACUGUCCGUCUACUUCUUUCUAAAGAUAAUGAUGUUGUUUUAGCAGCUCAAGGUUUAGCUUUGAGAUGGAUGCGUUUGGCAAAAUUUUUAAUUAGAAGACAAGGGUGUUCUGUGAUGGAAUCAUUAAAACACGAAAUGCUUCCAAUACUCAACUUUUACGAAUCUUCUUUAAUUAGCCUUAAACCUGGCCUUUAUUUAGCUUAUUUAAAAUUACAAUCUUCACUAAAUUGUGUUAAUGUAUUAAUUCCAGAAAAUUUUACGUCAAUUUUGCCGUUUGCUAAAAUUCGAUCAAAUAAUUUUUUAACUCAACAAGAAUGGAUGUUUUUACAAUCUUUAAAUUGUAAUAACGGAAUAAUUAUUAAAAAAGAAAAAUCAGAACAACAACAAUUUAAUGAAGAACAAAUUAAUUUUCAGAAACAAUUGGCUAGUGCAGCCAAAAAUGUUUUUUCUUCUUUAAUUUAAAAAUGAUUUUAAUAGACGGUCGAACCUCUUUUUUAAGUACUCCCAAUAUUAGCUACACCUCUAUUUAAUAGACGGAUUUUUAAAAAAAUGGUUGGCCAUAGGGUAGGGGAGCUGUCUGGGGUAUACUCUCUAUUUAAUGUACACUUUGUCGGUCAAACCUCUUUUUUAAGUACUCCCAAUAUUAGCUACACCUCUAUUUAAUAGACGGAUUUUUAAAAAAAUGGUUGGCCAUAGGGUAGGGGAGCUGUCUGGGGUAUACUCUCUAUUUAAUGUACACUUUGUCGGUCAAACCUCUUUUUUAAGUACC